AUGAGGAUAUUGUUGCUUAAUAUUUGCUUUUUUAUUCAAUCUGUGACGUCACAAACAAACAAAAAUGUUUUGACUCUUAUAAGCGACCUUUUUGACAAUUACUCGCCCAAAGUCCGUCCCACGGUCAUCCAAGAUGACCCAAUUCAGCUGGAUGUCAGUUUUUAUUUGAGUAGUGUCAAUGAAGUCAGCGAGGUCAAUGAGAAACUGGUUACCACGGGAUUUUUAAUGUUGUCAUGGACAGAUGAGCUUUUACGGUGGACUCCCUCCGACUAUAACAACACCGACACCAUCUUCAUCCCACAGAAUGAAAUAUGGAAGCCUGAUCUUGUACUGAAGAACGGAUUUAAAAAGUUCGAGGAGCUGGGAGGAAGCUUUUACUACCUGUCAAUCAAUCAUGAAGGGUCAGUUGAUUGGUUACCAUUCAAUGUGUUUGAAAGUCGCUGUUCAAUGGACAUAACCAACUUCCCAUUCGACACACAGAAGUGUGAUAUUAAAUUUGUUACAUGGAGUCAUUUUGCAGAUCAGAUAGAAAUUACUAAAUCAACGAAAGGAAUCCAAUUUUACGAAUUUGAGGCCAAUGGAGUUUGGGAUAUAAUCGACACAUCAUCGGAUAUUAAGAAAGAAGAUAGCGAAUCUGAAGUCAAAUUCACCAUCAAAUUACGCCGAAAGUCCCAGUAUUUUAUUUUAAAUAUAAUUCUACCCAUCGUUUUCUUAGGUUUUUUGAAUAUGCUAGUUUUUGUGAUUCCAGUCGAUGCAGGAGAGAAAAUGUCAUUUUGUGUAACCGUAUUUUUGGCCUUUGCUGUUUUUCUUACCAUUAUUUCCACACUGUUGCCAACUUCCUCCGAUAAUACACCAAUUAUAGCGAUGUACCUGAUUGUCCAGUUGGUAUAUGGAGUGAUAGCCCUCGUUAUUACAGCUUUUCAGCUCCGCCUUCAUCAUAGAGAUGAAGAGGAGGAAAUUUCGAAAUACUGGGUCAUGCUCGUCCGACUUCAAAGAAAAAUGAGAUGUAAAAAAGCGAGGGUAACUGAAAUAGUGGUUUCGGAAUUAACAACGAAAGGGAGUCUUGAUAACAAACAACAAAACAAUUGCCGUGCACAAGAAAAAUAUGAGUGGAAGCAUGUAGCUUCUACAAUAGAUUUUUUUGCUUUCUGGUCAUUUUUUAUAUCCAACAUUGUGAUUACUGUAAGUAUGUUUCUGGCAUCAUCUUCGCAGUAA